GCCUUCACUGGCCUCUCAUCGUCAUCCUAUAACGCACCGCACCGCACGCACACCAACAGCCAGAGCGCGCCGCAGAACACCCGACGACAUGGCCGUCGCCUCCGCCUGGGCCAAGCCCGGCUCAUGGGCCCUCGCCGCCGAGGAGCAGGACGACCUCCCCCCGCCGCCGCCCCCCGUCCCAGCCUCCGACUUCCCCGACCUCGCCACCGCCGCCACCACCAAGGUCCCCAAGAAGAAGAAGGUCCAGCCAGUCUCCCUCGCCUCGUUCAACAGCGCCAAGUUCGUCCCCUCCUCCUCCCGUGGGCCCACCCCGGACAUGCUGCUAAGCCUCCCCACCGGCCCCCGCGAGCGCACUGAGGAGGAGCUCGGCGGGGCACGCUGGGGCAACGUGUCUCGCGGCUCUGACGAGCCGCGGCGUGGCGGAUCUGGCACGGAGGACUACGGCCCGUCCCGCGCCGACGAAGCGGAUGAUUGGGGUGUGAAGAAGCCGAUGGAGAGGAGGGAGCGGAUGGGAGGGUUUGGUGGUGAUUCGAUUUCGUCGCGUGCUGAUGACGUGAACGACUGGGUGUCCACCAAGAAGACGGCGCCCUCUCUGCCCAUGGAGCGGAGGGAGCGUAGCAGCGCGUUUGGUAGCGAGUCGCAGGGACGCGCUGACGAUUCCACGAGCUGGGUCUCCAACAAGAGCUACUCUGCUCCCCCGCUCGCACCUUCGGAUGGCCGAAGGGGUGGGUCAGUUUGGGGUUUCAAUAGGGAUGGUUGUCCAGAUGCUGAUUCUUGGGCAAGGAAGAGAGAGGAGGUAAGCAGUGGUGGUGGUAGUAGCAGUGCCCGUCCGCGUCUUGUUUUGCAGAAGCGAACUUUACCGGUUGCCGUUGUAACUGACGGGGAGAAGGAUGAGGGUGUAGAGGAAGAUAAAGGAGAGUUUCAGCCCAAAAGCUGGUCUUGCAACCCAUUUGGGGCUGCACGCCCACGUGAGGAAGUGCUUGCUGCAAAGGUGGAGAACUUGACGAAGGAGGUGUAUGAACGGGAGGAGAAGCUAGUGAUUCAACCAAAAGUCAGAUCUUGGAAUCCGUUUGGGGCAGCCCGCCCACGGGAGGAAGUGCUUGCUGGGAAGGGGGAAGAUUGGAGGAAGAUUGAUGAGAAGCUUGAGGCCCUGAAGGUGCGUGAAGCACCACCUGAGGUUAGGUCCUCUGGGAGGAGGGUUUCCCCAGUCCAAGGCGAGGAGAACGAGAACGGCGAAGUGCUGGAGAGGAGUACUGACAGAGUGUGGAAGAAACCUACUGCAAUUGAGGCUGAAGUACUAUCUGAACAAGGAUCAGAGGUUACAGGAGCUGCACCUGCAAAUUAAUGUAUGGCCUCACAUGUUAUGAAGACGCUUCACAAUUCGAGUCUACUUAAUAUAUUCACUAGCCUUAUUAUUUUACACGCAAAAAAAAAAACUAGCCUUAUUAUUUUUGUUAGUCAUG